UAAUAAACAUUUUUUUAAAUAAAAAUUUUUCAUCAUAAUGUCGACAUUAAAUUAUUUGUUUGCAUCCAGUUUGAUUCAUUAUGAUAAAUUUUUUUUGGAAUUAAAUCGAUUCUUUCGAUUACGUUUAGCACAUUCAUAUGUUAAUGAACAUUGUUUCGAUGUUGUUGUUGUCGGUGGUGGUAUUGUCGGUUCGGCAACUGCUCGACAAUUAUUAUUAAACCGACCUGGAUUACGUAUGGCCAUUUUAGAAAAAGAAAAUGAAUUAGGAAUGCAUCAAACUGGUCAUAAUUCUGGUGUCAUACAUGCAGGUAUCUAUUAUAAACCAGGAUCAUUAAAAGCAAAAUUAUGUGUUGAAGGAAGUCAAAUGGCAUAUAAAUAUUGUGAUGAUAAAAAAAUUCCAUACAAACGUGUUGGAAAACUUAUUGUUGCCUGUAAUGCAUUGGAAGUGGAACGUUUAAAUGAACUUUAUGAUAGAUCACUUAAAAAUCAGGUACAAGGUGUUAAAUUGUUACAAUCUAUUGAACAAAUUCAAGCAAUCGAACCAAAAUGUGUUGGUCUAGCUGCAAUUUGGAGUCCAAACACUGGUAUUGUUGAUUGGGGACAAGUGAAUCGUUCAUAUGGAAAAGAUUUCGAACAAAAAGGUGGAAAAAUUUUCAAUCAAUUUCAAGUAAUAAAAUUUGAAUUAAAAACAAAAUCAUCUGAUAAUGAUUCGGAUAACAAUUAUCCGAUCAUCAUCUCUUCGAAAAAUGGACAACAAAUUCGUUCAAAAUAUGUGAUUACUGCUGCCGGAUUAUAUGCCGAUAAAGUUGCUCAAUUGACUAAUGGGAAAAAAAUUCCCAAAAUUGUUCCAUUUCGUGGCGAAUAUCUUGUGCUACGUAAAGAAUCAUCGGAUAUGGUCAAAACAAACAUUUAUCCCGUUCCAGAUCCACGUUUUCCAUUUUUAGGCGUUCAUUUUACACCACGAAUGGAUGGAAGUAUUUGGGUUGGACCGAAUGCAGUUUUAGCAUUCAAACGAGAAGGCUAUCGUUAUCGAGAUUUUAAUCUAAUGGAAUUUAUCGAAACAGCAACAUUUCCCGGUUUUCUACGGCUAUCAUUUAGAUAUUUUUUCGCCGGUAUCGAUGAAAUGUAUCGAAGUUUAUCAGUAAAUGCUCAACUAAAAAAACUUCAACGUUUUGUUCCAUCCAUAACUAAAGAUGAUAUAGAUCUAACUAAACAUGUUGCUGGUGUCCGUGCACAAGCUCUUGAUGAAAAUGGUAAUCUUGUCGAUGAUUUUGUAUUCGAAUUUGAUGCUAAUAGUGGACGAGUGAUGCAUGUACGUAAUGCACCAUCACCAGCUGCUACUUCAUCAUUGGCUAUUGCUCGUGUCAUUGCUGAACGUGCUGAACAGGAAUUUAAACUGUGAUUUAUAUUCCGAAAAUUAUUUAUGAUUUAUUUAGGAUACAUUUUAUGAAAAUUGUUUUUACAAAAAAAAGCUUCCACUACCAUACAAUUAAGAAUGAAAGAAAA